CAUCUAUUGGAAAUCGGACGGCCCAAAUCAAAUAUAGUGUCCUGCUGUUACUGCGGCAAAUCCAAUUCCCUACUACUACCACUAAAUUUUCAGAAUCCCUAGAAACAUUCACUUUUAUUAUCCUUUGGCCUGCAUUGACUGACUCCAACUAUAUACUCAUCUAAGUUUCCAUAUGCUUUUUCUAUUUUCUUCCAUAACUUGUACAUAAAUAGACCCUUUCUCAUCAUUUUUUGUAACACACUGUACACACAACAAAAUGAAUGAUCUUCAUAAUUCCCUAGCUUAUACUAAUAGCCUUAUCUAUGGUUCUUCCCUAGUUUGGGAUUAUCACACUCUUCAAAAUUUCAAUGCAUCAGACAACAUGUCUUUAAUUAUGGAUGCAAGUGCAGCUUCUUUUUCAACUCAAGAGUCUGAUUUUUCAACUGGUUAUCUAGAAGAUGCUUUGAUUGAGUUUGGUGAAAGUUCAAAAAGAAGACGGUUGCUGCCAUAUACUACUGAUGCUUCUACUGAUGAUGAGCAAAGCAAGAGUACUAUUUCCGUUGAUGAUUUUGACAAGAAUUUCUGGAAUUCCAACCUCAUUUGGCACCAACCAGUGGAGAAUUUCUACUGCAUGGACCAGAUAGAAAAGAUUUGUGGAUUUUCAGAUGAGCAUAUAAGCACAUUGAGGAGUAGCAUCAAUGUCCAACCAAGUAUUCUUCUAGAAGACACUAAAACAACAGAAGAAACAAUAUCAGCCUCUGAAUCUCCAAAUUCCUCUUCAUCUUCAUACAAUGAAUUAUUACCAGUGACAUGUUCCAAAACCACUAGAGACACCCCACUUGGAAGAAGAAGUAGUAGUAGUAGUAGUGAAGAGAUGAUUGAGAAAAAGAAGGAAUUAAGAAGAACAAGAGUAGUAUAUCCAUUUGCACUAGUGAAACCAGGAGGUGAAGAAGGUGAUGUGACAUUGAAUGACAUAAAUGAGAGGAUACUAAUGGCACCAACAAGGCCAGUAAGGCAUCCAGUUGGUGACUUUGCAUGUCGGCCAUGCGUAUCUGCAACAGGUCCAGGCCUUUCAGGGAAAGCAGUGGUGGCCCUUACUAGAAUCCACACUCAAGGUAGAAGAGGCACUAUCACUAUUAUCAGAACCAAAGGCUAAUUUCUAAAUAUUUCAUAAAUUCACACUCUUUGUGAAUUGUUAUGUUACUUGUAUUGUAGUGUAGCAGCUUUUUUGAGACUUAUUGCUUUGUUUUCAUGUCCUUCUAAAUUGUAUAAAGAUGGAAAGUGAUGUAUAAUAUUUUUGUAUUCUAUCUCUAGCUAUAUACAUCAUGUGUAUAAAAUAUUAUAGUUCAAUUAAUCUUA